AAUUAGAACAGUGAUUGACAUCUCCUUGAAACAGAUAGGAACUUGGGCUUCUGGUUUGGAAGGUUUGUAGAAUAAUCUCCACUUCAGGACUGAGCGGGUGACGUUUCAUUGCAACACCAGCGCAAUGUUGUGGGUGUAAACCCAGGCACUCGGCUACCUGGACAGGAUUUCUCUAGCCCCUGUGUAUCUUUACUGGAGAGGCAGCAUAUGAAUAUGACAUGAGGGAAUCGUAGGUCUGCAAUUGCAGACUGAACCUUAAGUGACUCAUCUGCGUUGAUGUGAUGAAUUUCUGAAGGGAGGCUGAAUCAUGAGCUGCAAAUGCCUCAGUUAAACCUCCACGAUGUGGUGCAGAUCCUACUGGAAGGUGGUAGUGUGGGAUGUGGAUAGUAUGAGAUACUGUGACAGUCUGUUCUGAAGCCCCCAGGAAUAUGCUGAGCAUUGUGCUGCUGCUGUGAUGUUUCUGGGUUCACAAUGAUCCCCAGUGAGAGUGACAGCUACGUUGUACGUGUCAAAGCUGUGGUUAUGACCAGAGAUGACUCAGGGUGGUUACCACAGGAUGGAGGUGGUCUCAGUCGUGUUGGCGUUUGUAAGGUCACACAACCAGACGGCACUGGCAGAAGUGAUUUUCUGAUCCAUGGCGAACGACUUCGAGACAAGCUGAUUGUAUUGGAAUGCUUCUUAAAGAAAGACCUGGUUUACACUAAAGCAACUCCGACAUUUCACCAUUGGAUGGUUGACAACAGGAGGUUUGGACUCACCUUUCAGAGCCCUGCAGAUGCACGAGCGUUUGACCGAGGAGUGAGGAAGGCGAUCGAGGAUCUGACCGAAGGGUCAACAACAUCAUCUUCAACAAUUCAGAAUGAAGUGGAGGUCGGUGAUGAUGAUGUUUUUACAGCAGCCACAGACAGCUCAUCAAACUCAUCGAACAGGAAGGAGCAGGCAGUCCGAGCACUCAAUCCAACAGUCAGUGACCCUCAGCACAUGCUCUGUACCUUGGGGUAUGCCCAUGAUCACUACAGUCCUGACCACUGUCGCCUGGAGCAGUCUGUACCAAAACAACGUCAUGUUAGUUUUCGAGACGAUGAGGAGGAGAUUGUCCGGAUUAAUCCUCGGGAGAAAACCUGGUUAAGAGAGAGAUAUGAGGACUACAGAUAUGCAGCGGUCCGUCCAAAAUACACUGAGCACGCUGAGAUGGACUCCUAUGUGCAUUUUGACAAAAGUGAUGCUUCGAAACACAACUACAAUUACCCUUAUGUAAAAAAUUCCGAUUUUGGGCUUUGCAAAGAUUUGAAAAGUAGCGUGGUGAAGGCUCAGCCCAUGCCAUCGAAAUCAAAAUUCCGGAGAAGGAUAGACGAUGGUGAACGGUCGCGGUGUGUUUACUGCAGGGACAUGUUUAACCAUGAGGAGAAUGGGCGGGGUCAGUGCCAGGAUGCUCCAGAUCCCAUUCGUGCCUGUAUCCGGCGGGUCAGCUGUAUGUGGUGUGCAGACAGUCUGCUGUACCACUGCAUGUCAGACCCCGAAGGAGACUACUCAGACCCUUGUUCUUGUGACACGAACGAUGAGAAGUUCUGCCUUCGUUGGCUGGCGUUGAUAGCCUUAUCCUUCCUUGCUCCCUGUAUGUGCUGUUACCUACCCCUUCGCGCAUGUUACAGGUGUGGCGUGACCUGUAGAUGUUGUGGUGGGAAACACAAAGCAGUUGGCUGACUCGGACUGUGUCUUGCAUUCAAGCCGCCGUUAGUUUAGGAAGCACAUUUAAUUCUGAAACGUUCUCAAUUCAGUUACCAUCGGCGACAGCAGUCUGAGGAAUGUGACUCCCCCAAUAAACUGAAUCCUGUAACAUCGAGAAACACUGAGGCUGUCUCUAUUCUGCAAACAUUACAUGGAGCUGACUGUAAUAACUGACUUUUCUACAAAUGAAUAUAUAUGUGCGUGUAUAUAUAUAUUAUAUAUAUUAUAUAUAUAUUAUAUAUAUCAACAGAAUGUCUCAUGUUUAUAAUUUUUUGAAAAAUGUAAGAGAUUGAGACUGAAUCAUGUUUUCAAGGAGACUGGAGAGGAGGUGGGUAGGGAUAUCACUGGCUACAGUGUAAUUGUCUGAACCUGCCGACUGAAUGCAGCACUCACUGAGGAAAUUGGGCUGAAUGGUUCCUGCUUAAUCACCUGAGACACUUAACCUGGAGUCAGGAACCCUCGAUGACCUUGUUUAAGGAGCUGUACUAGUAAACAUAUACCACAGCACCAUGCUGCUGUUACUGUAUGAAGCCAAAAUAAUGCUGUUUGUUAAAUGCACCUCAGUAUUUCAACAAACACUGCUUCAUGGCCAACUGUGGGCAUUGUCAUCCUGAACAAAGUUAUAAAAUAAUGAAACUUCGCCUCGGAUUUCAUACAGUUACCCAGCCUUAAAAGAUUGCCCCACAUUGUUUUAAGCAUCAGUCCUACAGUAGCGAACGUUUAAAUUGGUUUUAAUGUAAAAUUAUGGAUUUUAAUUUAAGUUUUUUUUUAUUUAUUUGGGAUCCUUGAUGCAAGUUCUCAUUUUUAACACAAAAACAGUUCUCGACACACUAAAGUUUGUCAGAUUACACUAUCUAACUAAACUCCAAAUUGCUUGUUCUGUAUUUACACAGCAACAUCACCAUCUGCAAGGAGAGGGAGCACAGUGUGAGAUCACUACAAACAACCUGGGGAUAAAAUGAGCUGCUUCCAUUCUGGUGUCUGGUGGUCUGUGUCCGUAGGCCCAGUUUGCCUUUUGCAGGGAAUGGGUUCAGCUUCAGAGAUGGAAUGGAUCAGGGAUAUCAAAGGGGUCAAGUGCACUGUGUGAGAGCUGUGCACAAGAUACAGCCUCCAAAUUCAGGUCAUUUUGCAAAAUUUGGGAGGGGGUGUGGGGUGGGGGGGGGGGGGGUGGGGGAGGUGACUCCUGGCUGGUCCAAGUUACUUUUCUUUCUAAACAAACAGAACAAAAACACCAAGUGUCCUAGAAGAUAGGAAUACUCGGUGCCUUACCUGGUGUGUCAUGUGGUUACGCUGGCUAGAGAUGGCAGAGGGAAAGACAUUUUCCUUCCAAAUCGUAAUAGCUCAGGUCAUUAAGGGGAGUGAGCAAAACCUUCCAAUAGAAAGCUUAAGCUUUGAAAAAAUAUUUUUAUACCACAGCACAGGGAGUAGCCAAUUUGUAAAAUUUAUUUGGAAGCGGCAGAUUUUGUUUUAGCCUUGCAGCGUUGUACAAUCCAAUCCGUUAUCUGAAGGCAGCUUUCAGGAAUUGGUCUGCUGGAGCUGACAUCGCUUCCGUACUGUCCCUCUGCAAAGUUAAUUGCCAGUGCGUUCCACAUCCUUCACCCCCACCCCCACUUUCCUCUGCUGCACCAUAGCAUCAGUUCACUUCCUUUCCGAUAAGCUGCAGGAGCUGCACGUUGGGGAUUUUUCAGCGAGCUGAAACCUCCCUCCCCCCCCCCCCCAUUUCAUAGCGGCGUUACUCAGUGCAUUUUUCCCACUACUUGAGUUGUUGCAUUUUCUAUUUAAAUUUGGAGGCCUCCAAAGCACAGACAAAAUACUUCCUCGGGAAGAAAGGCAAGUUAUGAAGCUUACUGCUAAUUACCAUUUGGCAGGACUGCUGUUGGAUAUCAAUGCGUGAUACAAGUGAAGUGUAUUAAAUUAACUGGACAAUAAUCCACCAGUAUCGCAGUGUAAAAAGCAUUACAACAUUGAGCUGAAUUCUCUAGUGGAAAUAUUUCCAAAUGCAGCAUUCGUUCAGCAUUGUCUGCACACAGGUUUUCAAAUUGUGAUUUUACUUCUCUUGAGAUCACUGUGAAGUCUUGACUACAUUGGAACACAAAGCACAAACACAAGCUUAAAUUGACACUAAUCCUUUCCGAGAUCCUGCAGUAACCCGGCAGUUCACUGGUUAAGGUACCUUGGAAUCUGUUUCCACCAAGGCUCCCCAUAUUGUCCACUUUCACCUUCAUUUAUAUAUAUAUAUAUAGGCAGUUCUUGCCAAAAAUACUGCAAAUCUGUAAAAUAAGGUAAUCAGUUAACAGGGAGCCGCAUCCAAGGCAAUUCUCUUGUAAAUAGUUUACCUGCUCUGGUGUUGAGCCUUCGAUUUGGCUCUGAACAGUACAAGACAGUAGUCUGAGGUGGACGGGGAGACAAAUCAAAUUUAUUUUUGUAUCUGUGGGAAGAAAGUUAACCAAAAGCUGUUGGUGCACAGUCUUCAGCCAUUGCACACCUUAAUGGAUGAAAAGAAAGUGCCUGCACUAUUGUCUCUUCUGUAACUAAAACAAACUCUUGUAUCAAUUAUUAGUUUUUUUUACAAUAAGCAUUUUUACCUCUGUGUAAAGAAAAUAUAUCAAGUGUAUGAUGUACAUUUUAGUUCUUCUAUUUUUUUUAUUGUUUCUAAUGUGUAUGAUGUAAUCCUUGCUUUCCAAUACUAUGUAAAUACAAAUACAUCAUUAUCAAAAGUACAAAAGAAUGGCCUGACCAGUACAUAAUUCUGCUACUUCCAUGUCGUAUCUUAACUAUGUACCUUGGCAGAUCAGAUGACAAUAAAAUGAAAGGAACUUUGAUGUUAAAA